AUGAAGAAUAUAAAAUAGCUUUAAAUUUUAAAUAUUAAAUUAAUAACAAAUUAUUCAUUAUAUAAAAAUUAAUUAAUUUAAAUAUUUUAAAUAAAAUACAUAAUUUAUCUUUGUGUUUAAUAUAUCUUCAAUAAAAUAAUAUGUUUUGGGUUUUAUAAUAAUUUUUCUUUUGAUAUUUAUAUUAUAUAAUAAAUUCUAAUAAUUAAUAGAUUAUCCAAUCAAAAAAUAGAUCUUUUGAUAAAAUAUUAAAUUUUUCUUUAUUAAUUAAUAAAAUACUAAUUUAAAUUAUAAUAAAUAUAUUAAUACUUUCUAUAAAUUAUAAAGAAAAAAAUUAAUUAAAUAAAAUAAAGAAAAAAAGUAAAGUAAUUAACAAUGGGAAAAUAAUAGACAUAAAAGACGAUAAACCUGCUCCUCCAAAGAGACCUUUAUCCAGCUUCUUCCUCUUCAAACAAGAUAACUAUGAAAAAUUUAAGAAAUCCAAUCCAGAUUCAAAGAUUACUGUAUUAACCUCCAUGAUUGCUGACUAAUGGAGAUAAGUUGGUGAAAAAGAAAAAUAAAGAUAUGAAAAGCUCUAAGCUGAAGCUAAAUCUAAAUACGAAAAGGAAAUGUAAGCUUAUGAAAAGAAA